GAAUUUUAUCCCAUUGUACAGAGGCAGCCCCAGCCAUAGAGAGACCGAGAGCUCCCAGAGAACCCGGACUCCGCCAUCUUCACGUUGCAAUCUAUAGCUCCCAGUCCGCGCCCGCACCGACCCAGGCGCACUGGGCUAGCCGCCCCUCAGCCCACCUCCCCCCGGGCCCGCGGCGCCAGGGGAGCGCUGGGGAGCGCUCGCGGGGACCCGGCAGCCUCUCCGGCCGGCGCCAGCCUGCCAGGUGAACUGGGAAGGAGCCGCUCCUGGAGUCCCCCCAGAGCCUCGGAAGGGUCAGUCUCCGAGAAAAAAACAGGCAGCCCGCAGAAAACCCAGAAACAACCGAAUCCGGGCAGUUUUACAUUGCUUUGGGUUUUUUGAGGGGGCGGGGUGAGGGGGGUACGAGACAAGUCCCCAAGUUUUCUUUGCUUUUUUUUUUUUUCUUUUUCUUCUCUUAUUUUUUAUUUGUUUGCAUUUUUCUUUCCCCCACCCCCCUCCUGGUAGAAGUGCGCUUUCCACCUACCAGACCCUGAAAGUGUCAGGAGCCGGUGCAAAAUCCGGUUUAAGUUCAAGAAGACAUUUGGAAGUCCAGGAGGCCACGCAGUUUGAAGAAGUGCAAAGGAUUUUUUGCUUUCAAAAGAAUAUAUAUUUUUUAAAGAAACCAGCCAGUCCGCGGCAAGCAACAGCAGAUUUUUUUUGCCUCUUUUUCCUAUUUUAGAUCGAGAGGUUUUUAUUUUCUUUUUCUUUUUGCAAAACAAAACAAAAAACAGCAUAGAAGAAAGAGCAAAAUAAAGAAGAAGAGGAGGAAGAGAGGGCAAGAGAGGAAGGGGGAAAAAAAAGAAAAAAAACCAAAACACCAACCCGGGCAGAGGAGGCACGGCGGCGGCAGCAGCGGCAGCGGCGCGGCGGCGGCGGCGGCGGCGGCGGCGGCGGCGGCGGCGGCGGCUCCGACCCCCACCCCAGGCUCCCCCCAUCAGAGCAGCUUUCCGGGCGAUGCCAGAAUAGAUGCCGGGGCAAUGUCCCGCCGCAAACAGGGCAACCCGCAGCACUUGUCCCAGAGGGAGCUCAUCACCCCAGAGGCUGACCAUGUGGAGGCUGCCAUCCUUGAAGAAGACGAGGGUCUGGAGAUAGAGGAGCCCAGCGGCCUGGGGCUGUUAGUGGGUGGCCCCGACCCUGACCUGCUCACCUGUGGACAGUGUCAGAUGAACUUCCCCCUGGGGGAUAUCCUGGUUUUUAUAGAGCACAAGAAGAAGCAGUGUGGUGGCAGCCUGGGUGCCUGUUAUGACAAAGGCCUGGACAAGGGCAGCCCGCCGCCCUCCUCACGCUCUGAGCUCAGGAAAGUGUCCGAGCCGGUGGAGAUUGGGAUCCAGGUCACCCCCGACGAAGAUGACCACCUGCUCUCGCCCACGAAAGGCAUUUGCCCCAAGCAGGAGAACAUUGCAGGGCCGUGCAGGCCUGCCCAGCUGCCAGCGACGGCCCCCAUAGCUGCCUCCUCCUCCCACCCUCACACAUCCGUCAUCACUUCACCUCUGCGCGCCCUGGGCGCUCUGCCGCCCUGCUUCCCGCUGCCGUGCUGCAGCGGGCACCCUGUCUCGGGUGACGGGACUCAGGGUGAGGGUCGCACGGAGGCUCCCUUUGGAUGUCAGUGUCAGUUGUCAGGUAAAGAUGAGCCUUCCAGCUACAUUUGCACAACAUGCAAGCAGCCCUUCAACAGCGCGUGGUUCCUGCUGCAGCACGCGCAGAACACGCAUGGCUUCCGCAUCUACCUGGAGCCAGGGCCGGCCAGCAGCUCACUCACGCCACGGCUCACCAUCCCGCCGCCGCUCGGGCCGGAGGCCGUGGCCCAGUCCCCACUCAUGAAUUUCCUGGGCGACAGCAACCCAUUCAAUCUGCUGCGCAUGACGGGCCCCAUCCUGCGGGACCACCCAGGCUUCGGCGAGGGCCGCCUGCCCGGCACGCCGCCGCUCUUCAGCCCGCCGCCGCGCCACCACCUGGACCCGCACCGCCUCAGUGCCGAGGAGAUGGGGCUUGUCGCCCAGCACCCCAGUGCCUUUGACCGAGUCAUGCGCCUGAACCCCAUGGCCAUUGACUCACCCGCCAUGGACUUCUCGCGGCGGCUCCGCGAGCUGGCGGGCAACAGCUCCACGCCGCCGCCUGUGUCACCGGGCCGCGGCAACCCUAUGCACCGGCUCCUCAACCCCUUCCAGCCCAGCCCCAAGUCCCCGUUCCUGAGCACGCCGCCGCUGCCACCCAUGCCCCCCGGUGGCACGCCACCGCCGCAGCCGCCUGCCAAGAGCAAGUCCUGUGAGUUCUGUGGCAAGACCUUCAAGUUCCAGAGCAAUCUCAUCGUGCACCGGCGCAGCCACACAGGCGAGAAGCCCUAUAAGUGCCAGCUGUGCGACCACGCGUGCUCGCAGGCGAGCAAGCUCAAGCGCCACAUGAAGACGCACAUGCACAAGGCUGGCUCGCUGGCCGGCCGCUCCGACGACGGCCUCUCGGCUGCCAGCUCCCCGGAGCCCGGCACCAGCGAGCUGGCCGGCGAGGGCCUCAAGGCGGCCGAUGGCGACUUCCGCCACCACGAGAGCGACCCGUCGCUGGGCCACGAGCCCGAGGAGGAGGAAGAGGAGGAAGACGAGGAGGAGGAAGAGCUGCUGCUGGAGAACGAGAGCCGGCCCGAGUCGAGCUUCAGCAUGGACUCGGAGCUGAGCCGCAACCGGGAGAACGGCGGCGGCGGGGUGCCCGGGGUGCCCGGCGCGGGCGGCGUGGGCGGCGCGGCCAAGGCGCUGGCCGAGGAGAAGGCGCUGGUGCUGGGCAAGGUCAUGGAGAACGUGGGCCUGGGCGCGCUGCCGCAGUACGGCGAGCUGCUGGCCGACAAGCAGAAGCGCGGGGCCUUCCUGAAGCGCGCGGCGGGCGGUGGGGACACGGGUGACGACGAUGACGCGGGUGGCUGCGGUGAUGCGGGCCCGGGCGGUGCGGUCAACGGGCGCGGCGGUGGCUUCGCGCCAGGCACCGAGCCCUUCCCGGGCCUCUUCCCGCGCAAGCCGGCGCCGCUGCCCAGCCCCGGGCUCAACAGCGCGGCCAAGCGCAUCAAGGUGGAGAAGGACCUAGAGCUGCCGCCCGCCGCGCUCAUCCCGUCUGAGAACGUGUACUCGCAGUGGCUGGUGGGCUACGCGGCGUCGCGGCACUUCAUGAAGGACCCCUUCCUGGGCUUCACGGACGCGCGCCAGUCCCCCUUCGCCACGUCGUCGGAGCACUCGUCCGAGAAUGGCAGCCUGCGCUUCUCCACGCCGCCCGGGGACCUGCUGGACGGCGGCCUGUCGGGCCGCAGCGGUACCGCCAGCGGCGGCAGCACGCCACACCUGGGUGGCCCCGGCCCUGGGCGGCCGAGCUCCAAGGAGGGCCGCCGCAGCGACACGUGCGAGUACUGCGGCAAGGUGUUCAAGAACUGCAGCAACCUGACGGUGCACCGGCGGAGCCACACCGGCGAGCGGCCUUACAAGUGCGAGCUGUGCAACUACGCGUGUGCGCAGAGCAGCAAGCUCACACGCCACAUGAAGACGCACGGGCAGAUCGGCAAGGAGGUGUACCGCUGCGACAUCUGCCAGAUGCCCUUCAGCGUCUACAGCACCCUGGAGAAACACAUGAAAAAGUGGCACGGCGAGCACUUGCUGACUAACGACGUCAAAAUCGAGCAGGCCGAGAGGAGCUAAGCACGUGGGCCCGGGCACCCCGCACCUGUACAGUGGAACCGUUGCCAAGCGACAGAAUGCUGACUUGACACUUGCCUCUGUGUCACCGCCACUGAGCACCCCGCCUGUCCCCUUGGCCCAGGGGGAGGCGGCCCUCCAACCUAACCUGUGUCUGCGAAGUCCUAUGGAAACCCGAGGGUUGAUUAAGGCAGUCAAAAUUGUGGAGCCUUUUAACUGUGCAAUAAUUUCUGUAUUUAUUGGGUUUUGUAAUUUUUUUGGCAUGUGCAGGUAUUAUUAUUCUUUCUGUUUAAAUUCCUUUAAAAGAUUUUGUUGGGUAUCCAUCCCUUCUUCAUUUUUAAAAAACCCAGUAGUAGCCUGAGAAAUGACUCGCAAGCAAUGUAGAACAGAAGCAUAUCUUUUAAAUUAUAAUUUUGGGGGGAGGGCGCUGCUUUUUUGAAAUUUAAGCUAAGCAUGUGUAAUUUCUUGUGAAGAAGCCAACACUUAAAUGACUUUUAAAGUUGUUUACCUUUUUAUUCCUUUUUUUUGGUCCUGAAAUAAAAAGUGGCAUGCGUUUUUUUAUUUUUUAUUUUAUUUUUAGUUUUAGUUUUUUUGUUUUGUUUUUUUUUGGGGGGGGGAUGUACAGCGGAUAACAAUCUUUAAAGUUGUAGCACUUUGUUUCCGAAUUGGAGUGGAGAUGUAGCACUGAUGAUGUCCUGAGUAACAGAGGCCUUUUCUGUGUUGAUUUCAAUCUUUACAUUAUAUAAGGGAAACUUGGAGUGGUGGGGGAGAGGCCCCCCGAAAACUCAGCACUGCCAGAGAAACAGGAGUUUUUGAGGGCUGACCCCGGAAAUGGCCCGAGAGCAUUCUAAAAUUGUGCAUUAUCAGCAGGUACUGUCCCCUUCUUGGAAUGUGGGUGUGCCCUGGGUUGCCAUCGUUGCUAUUUGAUGUAGAAUAGGCUAAGUAAAAUGGGCUGAGGGUACUAUUUGGGUAGAUGGUGGUGGCCUGCAGUGACACAGAAAGGAAGAAACCAGCGGUGUUCUUUCAGGCUUCUUCUGGCUUGAUAGCUUCUCUCUCUCUCUUUUAUCACCCCCACCACAAAAAUCCCAAGUCCUGCGUUGCUACAAGUAAUGAAUGAUAAUUUCUCAAGCAGACAAGUGCCGUCAUGGCAAAUUGAGGGAAGUUAGUGUUCUCAUAUGACGUACACCGAUGACAUUGUACGGAUUGGGGUAACAUCUUGUGAACUUCUGUUCCCUUUUACUGGAAAAGCAGGGGAAGAGUUCCAUCCCAAGGUGCCGAGAGCUACUUCCCAAUUUUUUUUUCUAUCCCAUUAGGUUGGAAGGUACUAAACAUUGGACUGUUGAGAUUAGACAUUUGAAUUCUGUUGACCCGCACUUUAAAGCUUUUGUUUGCAUUUAAAUUAAAUGGCUUCUAAACAAGAAAUUGCAGCAUAGUCUUCUCUUUGGCCCAGAGGUGGGUUAAACUGUAAGGGACGGCUGAGAUUCAGUGUCAGUGUUGCUAAGCGUGGCAUUCACAAUACUGGCACUAUAAAGAACAAAAUAAAAUAAUAAUUUAUUGGACAGUUUUUCUACUGCCAUUCAAUUUGAUGUGAGUGCCUUGAAAACUGAUCUUCCUAUUUGAGUCUCUUGAGACAAAUGCAAAACUUUUUUUUUUUUUUGAAAUGAAAAGACUUUUUAAAAAAGUAAAACAAGGAAAGUACAUUCUUUAGACACAAACAAAGCCACAUUUACUUUAAAUAAAUUUUUAAAAAUCCUGGUUGAAGAUAGAGGACAUGAAAAUGCCAUAAGACCCAAUCAAAUGAAGAAAUAAACCCAGCACAACCUUGGACACGACAUCCAUUGUUAGCUGAUCCUCAGCCCCUUUUGUUUGUGGGACAACGCUGCUUAGAUGUGGAGUGGAGGUGAUUUACUGCUGAAUUAAAACUCAAGUGACACAAGUUACAAGUUGAUAUCGUUGAAUGAAAAACAAAACAGAAAACAAUUCAGGAACAAUGGCUAAUUUUUUUCUAAAGUUAAAUUUAGUGCACUCUGUCUUAAAAAUACGUUUACAGUAUUGGAUACAUACAAGGGUAAAAAUAAAUUGUGUGUAUGUGUGUUGGAGCGAUCAUUUUUUUUUCAAAGUUUGCUUAAUAGGUUAUUAAAAAAAUGCCACAGUGGCUGCGUGUAUAUUGUUUUCUUUUGGUGACGGGGUUUUAGUAUAUAUUAUAUAUAUUAAAAUUUCUUGAUUACUGUAAAAGUGGACCAGUAUUUGUAAUAAUCGAGAAUGCCUGGGCAUUUUACAAAACAAGAAAAAAAAACUUUUUUCUUUUCCUUGAAAAUGUUGCAGUAAAAUUUAAAUGGUGGGUCUAGAAAUUUGUUUUUGUCACAGUAACUGUAAAGUCGGAGUUUUAGUAAAUUUUUUUCUGCCUUGGGUGUUGAAUUUUUAUUUCAAAAAAAAUGUAUAGAAACUUGUAUUUGGGGAUUAAAAGGGGAUUGCUACACCAUGUAGAAAAAGUAUGUAGAAAAAAAGUGCUUAAUAUUGUUAUUGCUUUGCAGAAAAAAAAAAAAAAUCACAUUUCUGACCUGUACUUAUUUUUCUCUUCCCACCUCCCUCUGGAAUGGAUAUAUUGGUUGGUUCAUAUGAUGUAGGCACUUGCUGUAUUUUUACUGGAGCUUGUAAUUUUUUAACUGUAAGCUUGUCCUUUUAAAGGGAUUUAAUGUACCUUUUUGUUAGUGAAUUUGGAAAUAAAAAGAAAAAAAAACAAAAACAAACAGGCUGCCAUAAUAUAUUUUUUUAAUUUGGCAGGAUAAAAUAUUGCAAAAAAAAAAUGUGUAUGUUAAGUCCUAUUGUACAGGAGAAAAAGGGUUGUUUGACAACCUUUGAGGAAAAGAAACAAAAGGAAGUAGUUACAUGCUUUGGUUCACAAAUCAUUUUAGUUGUAUAUAUUUUUGACGGAAUUGGCCUAUACAAGGACCGUUGGCGUAGGGCUUCACUCUAAUUGCCCCGAACCUUGCAUCAAGGCUCCCUGGUGUAGCCACAGCAGACUGGAUGGGGAAUCCUUUAUUCGUGUCGAGUGGAAAAAAAAUCAGUUUUUGUAAAGGUGUCGGUAACAUUUCACAGAGCCCUCCCUUUCUCUAAGAGGCCGUCUGUACAACGGCAGCUGUAGAGAAGAGUGCGAGUGACCAUCUUCCUUCUCUACUGUCACCACUGUGGCAGUUACCACCACCACCACCAUCACCUCUCCUGCCCUUAAGAGCAGAAAGAAAUGCAAACCGAGCUGUCUUUAGUCCUUGAGAAAAUAUUAAACAAAAAAAUGGAAUAACAGGAGCUGGCAUAUCAGCUAGGCACAGGUGAUGUGAUCUGCUGUUGAGACCAGUGCAAACUGGGUAUCAGGAAGGAGUCCCAGGGCCAGGACCUUUCAUUCCAUGGAGAGUGUUGGCCUAUUGUCUUUCUUAUCUGCUUUGCUGCUUUUCUCUCCGAAACCUACAUUCCGUGUUUCCGAAUGCCUAGGGCCUGGGAUGAAUUCGGUGCCUUUCCAUCUCUCUCUCUCUCUCCUCUGCGUAUCCUCUCCAUUCCCCAGCCUCUGUUGGUCCUUUAUUUGUUCUUUUCUUUUUAAUUUAAUUUAUUUCCUUUUUCCCUUUCUGCCCCUUCCCUCUUUUUUUUUUUUUUUUUGUAAAGCCAAGUAGCUUUAAGAUAACAAAGUGGGUUUUUUGUUUUUGUUUUUUUUGGAUGAGGGAAUAAUACAUUUGAAAAAAAAACAAACAAAAAAUACCUAUAUCAGAAAGCCAUUUUUUAUUUCAGGAACUGUAAGAAACCAUUAUUUCAGGUUAUGAAAGUAUAACCAAGCAUCCUUUUGGGCAAUUCUUUACCAAAUGCAGAAAUCUUUCUUCCGGGAGCUUUUCUGUUUAAUAUGCUCUUUCUUCCUUGCCACUUAAGGCUUUGCAAAGUGAAAAGAAAGGGGCAAGGAGUGGGAGAUAAAGCUGAGAUGUCAUUUUCCUACCCGCUUCACCCCCAGACCCACGGGCUGCCCUAUUAAGGUACUUGAGCGCCUCCAGGGUGAUCCUUCUGUCGUUACAAAUGCUAGCCAGCUCUUAGCCAGCUUCACAAAGUCACCAGAAUGCCAGGACUAAGCCAUCCUAAAGCACAACGAUUGUGUCUCUGUCUGCUGAUGGCAGAGAAAAGAGAAUUUUGCUUCUCUUUCAUGUUUAAAAAGCCAACACUGCAGCAGACAAGCCAGUGGGAGAGGCCGCAGCCUGGGCGACCCAGCCCACCUCAGGCCGGUUCCCACACUGCCACCACUUUGUUCAAAGUUGUCCCAAAUUGGAACCUGCCACUUGCCAUUAGAGGGUCUUUCAUGGGGAGAGGAGGAAGCUGAACUACCUAAGGAAAAUGUGAAAAGUAAAGGAAAUCAGCCUUUCACCCCAGUCCUGAGUGACAGUCAAAGGUUGUGUUGAACACAGGCAACCCCGUGAUUUUGGUGCUCUUUGUACCCCAGCCCUGCAAAGCAAAGUUACAUUGAUUUCAGUUGUUUGCAUUUGUAUCGGCAAGGCGAAAUAUUUUUAUUACCUUUUCUAUUAUUGUAUGAGCUUUUGUUGUUUACUUGGAGGUUCUGUCUUUUACUACAAGUUUGGAACUAUUUAUUAUUGCUUGGUAUUUGUGCUCUGUUUAAGAAACGGGCACUUUUUUUUUAUUAUGGAUAAAAUGUUGAGAUGACAGGAGGUCAUUUCAAUAUGGCUUAGUAAAAUAUUUAUUGUUCCUUUUAUUCUCUGUACAAGAUUUUGGGCCUCUUUUUUCCCUUAAUGUCACAAUGUUGAGUUCAGCAUGUGUCUGCCAUUUCAUUUGUACGCUUGUUCAAAACCAAGUUUGUUCUGGUUUCAAGUUAUAAAAAUAAAUUGGACAUUUAACUU